AUGCGCUCUUUCGUCGCCGUUCUGAAGCGCCGUGGGCGGCGGCAUGAGCAUCCCCGCGGCGUUCAUGACCAGCACGGCGUUCUUGAGCGGCUCGGGCACUGCCUUAAUCUGCAGCCGCGCCGCGCAGGGGGCCGUCAGCGAGCACAGAUCGAGAAGCCAUUCGGUGCAGGCGUGUUUGGAGGACGCGACCGACGUGCGGACGCUGGGGGUGGAAACGGAGGACGAGACGGAGGAACGGUAUACACAGAGCGUAGCGUCGGUGACAAGAUCGGAUUUGGUGCUCUUAUCGAAUCAGAGCGGGAUACAGGCGAUGAUGUGCGCGACGUGGCAGUCGACGGCAUGCGGAUAAAGGGGACAGUUAAUGUGGUGAGGGUAUACGACAGCUUUUGGAUCGCGAACGCAAGCGAGUGCACGGAUCACACGGACGCGGUAGAGUUACUGGAGGAGGUUGUAGAUGACCUAACCAAGACUACAGAGGACUUGACAGAGGCCAUGAUCGACUUGAUCGAUGCAGCGGAGGACAUUGGUCGGUCGAGCAGUACCGCUUUCGGUAGCCUCGAGAUCAAAGGGCGCUCUCCAUUCACCGUCGAGGAGGAGCCUGCUGUCGAGGAGGAUGCGGAUGCGAUUGGAGCGGAGGGUUCACCUGGCGCCUCUCCGAACGCGGUCGUCGGUCUUGCGCUCGUGACCAAAGACGACGCGCAUUUGUUGAGCGAGGGCCUGUACACGUGGGAGAUACUGGAGGAUGAUGGCGCGAGGUCGUCUGCGUUUCAAAGGUUUAUGAUGAACACGACCAGCGCAGAUGGGAGUCCACACUUUACGAACGUCAUCACGCGAGUGGUCGUAAUCGAUAUUGACCCAUCCAAGGCCAGAUUCCACGGCUCCAGCGUCGCUGAAACCAGUCUGAAACCACAUCAGCACUAG